ACUGGAUUUUUAGUUCCCGUUUCUUAUAGAGACACUUUAAACGACAAUGUCGCGGCUACCAAUCAACCUAAUAAUAUUCUGUAUCAAAUUUUGCAGUAUCUUUGCAGAUGUUGGAGAUGAUUUCGAGAUUGACAGGUAUGGAGAUACUGACUAUGCUGGGGAGCCUGAAGGUAGCUCUGAAACUGAGACUAAAGUAAAGGAGAGACCUACGAUAUUGACUGAGGAUAUGGACACUAUUGCGAGUGAUCCUGCAAAAAUGGAAUGUUAUUGCCAGGGAUCGAUAGAUAUGAUCAACAAAGUAAGCCUAUUUAGCCCUAAUUUUUUGGGUAGAAAUUUAAAGUUCCCAUCUCAAGAACCUUUUAUUCGCUUUGCAAGAGCAAUGCAAAACAAACUAAGAGAAAUUUCAAAGGAGCUCUGUUCGGGAAGGGGAAAGGAUACUCUUGAAGAAUUUAUCAAAUUUUGUUUGGAAAUGAAUGACGCAUUUCUUCUAACAAUGAUUGAACCGUUUAUGAGGUAUGAGUCAAUUCGGAAAAAAAUGUAUUUAUUUUAUAACGAAAUAUUCACUUCUAAAGCGCUUAUACUGAAGUGCACAUAUGAUGUUGAGUGGUAAUAAAACAGCAAACUGCUAAGAAUCCUACAA